GGCGAUUAUCACCUGUUCGGUCCAAAGCUUCUUCCUCCAGCAAAAGGGUCUCAGUCCUUAGUAUAAAAACAUGAGUGACGAAAUGGCGAUUUGUCUCAGUGACGUUCUGAACGACUCCUGCUUUCCAAGGACGUUGGGAUCCGAAGCGCAGCCGUCUUACAUCCCUGACAUCUCGGACGUUGGGGUCUUCGAGGGCUUCCUAGGUCUCAUAGCUGUCUUUUUUGCGCUCUGGUUCAUAAAAAUCGCCCUGGUGACUUGGUUCAAAAAGUACAAACUUCAGUAUCUACUGAGGGGGAGCUUACUGGUGUUCCUAGUUGUCGAUAUCCUGAACUUUCUGCAUGGCUAUGGAAUCGUGUUCCACGAGAAAUACGAUUCUUACUCCGACACAUUGUGGUAUCUAUCGGGGACUCUGUCUGGGGUCAUGUUAGUGGUGAGAUACUUUUGGAAGCUGCCUUUAAAUAUCAAAAAGACCCUUUAUGAAGUUGGCUUUGAUCACCGCAAAAGACAAGAAGCCAUUGCCAGGUACAGAAUGAGAAAGGGAUUUGAGACGCUCGAUCCUGCAUCUAUGCCUCCCGUCUUUCCUAACGGUUGGAUAGCUGUUGUGGAAUCGAGCGAGGUGUGCCCUGGGGAGGUAGUGGCAGCAACUACACUCGGAUACCGUUUCUGUGUAUUCCGGAGCCGGGACAACAACUCUGCUUUUGUUCUGGAUGCCUACUGCCCUCAUCUGGGAGCAGAUCUGACAGGUGGCAUUGUACGUGGCAACACCAUCGAGUGCCCUUUCCAUGGAUGGUGUGCCAGCGGAAUUGAUGGAAGUUGCACGAGGGGACGCGAUAGUGAAAACAAGCCUCCUGUACCGGAAACUGUAAAAGUGAAAAAAUGGACUUCGGACGAAGCGAACGGGAUGAUCUACGUCUGGCACCACGCCGAAAAGGACAAACAAGAACCCUACUGGGAGAUGCCGAGGGUGGAAGAAGUCUGCAACGGGGAUUGGGUGUUCAGGGGAAGAACGGAGCACGAAGUGCACUGCCACAUACAGGAAAUCCCCGAAAACGGCGCCGACAUUAACCACUUGAAACAACUCCACUCUGCCUCCGUGUUUAUGGGGGGCAACUGGAUGGACACCAACUCUUGGUUCAAUUUCGUGACUCACCACUGGCAACCCGAAUGGACGAGGGAUGAAAACGUUCCCCACAUUGCUAGAAUCAAACUGAAGCAGACCACGUCCUUUCUAGGCUACCACAUUCCUUUCAGCAGACUCGAUAUAGACAUUGAACAGAUCGGACCUGCUACCGUUCAUCUUCAUAUCAAGUCCUGGUUCGGACGUGCCAUUUUGCUCCAACAUAUCAUUCCUGAGGGGCCCCUCGCCAUGAGAGUCAUCCACCAGCUGUACACUGAACCUUCUGUCAGACCGUUCCCUGCAGAACUCCUUAUAAGAGCCGAAGCCAUUAUGUUCGAGCGGUACAUCGCCCUGAUGGAACUCAAACAGUGCAUCAAACAGCGGCUCCAGGUGACCGAGAACUGUCCUAUCCGCAAAUACCAAAGAUGGUACUUCUCCGAGUUUUUCUCUCAGAACAGCCCGACGCUGUUGAGCCUGAGAGACAGGACGCUGGAGUUUUGAUGAUCUGAUCCAUGCUCGUCUUCUUGUGUUCUCUUCUGUGUCUUCUUGUGUUAGUUAUGGCCUUACCUCAUUCAAGAUACAAGA